AAGGCAAUGAUUUUGCCAAUUUUUCCACCUUUGCUCCUUGCUUGGUGUUGUGAGACUUGCGCAAAAUCACAUUUAUGUCCCCUUAGCUAUGGUGGGCGAUGUUCGGAUAACAGUGGGACAAGCGGUGCGAUGAGCAACACAUCCGGCUCGAGUACUCCAACGACAUCGAGGAGGUCACGUUCUAGUCACGAUGGAAUGCUGAAAUGCCAGUUCUGUCCCAAGAAAUGGGCUGAUCAGAAUGCCUUGCACACCCACAUGGCAGACUGCCGACUAGCGCGUGGUCAUGAAUGUUCACAAUGUGGCAAGCGAUUUAAGGCACGCGGUGGACUUCAACAACAUCUACGAAUACAUUCAAACGACCGACCAUAUGCUUGCCAUUUCUGUGCGAAACGAUUCACUCAGAAAAGCCAUGUGGAUCAACAUGAGAGAAUUCAUACAGGCUUAGAGUAA